AGGAGGAAGAGGAAGAAAAUUAUUUUUGAUUCAUCAUCGGACUGCCACGAACGUUCUCGGAUCGAAAUUUUUGUGAUUGAGCAGCACGGGCAGCAAAACAGGAAACUCUAGAAAGACUCUUCUAGCUGUAAAUUGUGUCUCGCGUAUUUGUGUCGCAAUCGAUCGCAGUACUACCACGGUGUCCCGAAAGUGUCGUCCACCUCUCGUCUUUGUCCUUCCUCAUCGCGCCGUUCGUGACUCUCCAGUAGUGGACUUUGCGUGUCCCAAUCCGCGAUUACGCCUCGCUUUCGAUUAGUGGAUUGGACUCCCUGCCGCUCGUUUCCGGGUUCGCCUACUAUCAAGAGUGCGUACAAAAGUGAAAAGCGGAUUGCAAGUGACGAGGAAGCACCGAGAAAGUGGCCUCCUCUGCCGUGAUUUCCCAAAACUCGUUUCCCUGUUCCCUGCUUUGUGCGUGAAUGUGCGCGCGUGUGUGUGUGUUCUGGUGUAUUGCGUGAGUAGUAGCUGAUCAUAGGCGAAGGAGUACGUUCCAGCUUUCCUGAUAAGGCAGGGCCGGCAGGGUAGGGCAGAGCACCGAAAAGGAUCAUCUCAGCCAGCGACGUGUGUGAAUAGCGAAAGCGAAAUCUCGUUCAGGACGUGUCAUCUCCGGGCACCAUGAGUCUGUUUGGCACAUCUUCUUCACUUAAUCCGGAUAUAGAGAAAGCCACGAGCGAGAAUAAUACGACGGAAAAAUGGGGCCUCAUAAUGGACAUUUGCGACAAGGUGAACAAUGGAAUGGCCACACCGAAGGAGUGUUUAAGAUCGAUCAUCAAACGACUGAAUCACGCCAAUCCUCAUGUCGUCAUGAAAGCGAUAACGCUGCUGGAUGCAUGCGUUAACAAUUGUGGCAAGCAGUUCCACCUAGAGGUUGCAUCGCGUGAGUUUGAGACGGAGUUCAAGAAGCUGCUGCAGAAAAGUCAACCAAAAGUAACGACGAAAUUAAAACUUUCACUCAAACGCUGGGCGGAGGAAACAUUCAAAUCGGAUCCACAGCUCGACCUCAUUCCUUCGCUUUAUAAGAAGCUGCGCGAGGAAGGGCACGACUUUAGCGAUCCAUCGGCGACACCGAAGCGUGAACCGGUCAUGAGCAAGGACCCGAACGUGGUCUCUAGUCAGCAGGAAGAGGAUGACAUCGCGAAAGCGAUUGAACUAUCGCUGAAGGAAGCCAAAAUCAGUCAAUCUCCCAAGAUGUCAUCAACCGCCGGUUCGGGAACGACCACGGCGUCACUGUAUCCUUCGACAUUGCUGUCGGCGGCACCCGUGCCUGAACCACGAAAGGUGCGUGCGCUAUAUGACUUCGAAGCAGCGGAGGAUAACGAGCUGACGUUCCAGGCGGGCGAAAUCAUAAUGGUGCUCGACGAUUCCGAUCCGAACUGGUGGAAGGGUCAAAACCAGCGCGGUGAAGGUCUGUUUCCAUCCAAUUUCGUUACGGCCGAUUUGUCGGUUGAACCGGAAUCGCUCUCCACCGGUGGCAAGGGAGCAAAGAAAACAGUUCAAUUUUCCGACGAUCCCAAGCUUGCCGACGGUGGCACUAGCGAUAAGGAUUCUCCAGCACACCAGAAGUUACAAACGGUAGAGAUCAACGAGGAAAAGAUCGAUCGAUUAUUACACCUUAUACACGAAGCCGAUCCCGAGGAUCCGUCCCAGGAUACGGAGGAAAUGCUGCAGUUGGAAGCGCUGGUCAACCAGAUGGGACCGCUGAUUGAUGCCGAAUUGGAGCGGGUGGACCGCAAGCAUGCCCAGCUGACGCAGCUCAGUAGUGAUCUGGUGGAUGCCAUUAAUUUGUAUCACAAUCUGAUGCGCGAACCAGAUCGAUCGAUGAUGAUGUCCAUGGGAGCAGGUGGGGCAGGUCCAGCAGCAGCCGCAGCAUACGGUAUGGGUCUCGGAGGUCCAGGUCCUUCACUUUAUUCGGGUCCACCAAUGCCGCCCAUGUAUGGAAUGCCUGGAAUGUAUGCGCCACCGGGCGCCGGUAUGUAUCCGAUGCAGGCUCCCGCAACACAACAGCAACUACCAAUGGGUGGUUACGGAAUGGGUCCAAUGCGUCACGAUAUGAUGGUAGGAGGACCGAUGGGCGCUGCGACCGGUACGGGCAUGCCACAGUUCCCUGCACCACCACAGCAAUCCUCGUUGCCGCAUCAUCCGCAUCAUGCGGGACCGGGACCUGUUUCACAGAAUGGUCCAUCAUCAAUGGCAGCACCCGGUGUCACCAGUCAGGCCACAACAUCACAGCAAGCGGCCAACCCGCAAUCGAUGCCAAAUAUGAACGUUCCUCCAAUGACUCAACCCCAGCCACAGUCCCUACCACCGCUUGGUUCCUAUGCGAACCCUACAUCGCCGCCUCCAACCACGGGAAUGAUGCAACCACCACCGUCCCAGCUACGUCUCCCGGGACCCGCGCCACCGGGUGCUUAUCAGAACUAUGGCCCUCAAUCCACAUCGCAACAGCAGCCGCAGCAGCAACAGCAACCCCAAGGCCAACCGCAACAAGUGCCACCGCAGCAUGUGAGUGGUCCUCCGAGUAUGGGUCCACCAGCACCGCCGGUCGCCCCAACGACUCAGGCAGGACAACAUCCGCAUCUCGGAAUGAACGGUGCGAACGGCGGUAUGCCACACUAUGGUCCACCUGCUACUAGUUCAGGCCCUGUGCCUUCUGCACAGAUGCAAGCACCUCCACAGCAACCACCUCUGCAUCAGCAGGCACCGCCAUUUAUGACGCAGCUCGGUGGCCCACCAUCCAUGGGUGGAGGGUAUCCGAUGCCAGGUGGUGGUCCAAUGGUGGGCGCGGGUAUGUAUCCACCUGGCCCUGGACCAGUUGGACCACUGUCGAUCAACACUGGCACCAACCAUCAUCACCAUCAUCCGGGACCACAGAACAUUCCCAUCUAUCAGCAGCAACGAUAAAGUAUGGUAUCGUCCUUCGGAUGGGCAGCAGUUUGAUCGAUCGACCGCAGAUUGCGCUUUACAGUUUCGACCCUUUUGACACAUACAGAAAAUCCGAUCCUUGCUUACUGUCCCUUUCGAGGUCUUUCGUGGCAUAUAGAUACGCAUCGGUUGCGUGUGCCGAAAUGUAAACGGAAUUAUUGACCACAGCCAGAAGGGGGUCAGGGCUGGUUGGAAUGAAAUUGGCUUUCACAUUUUGGGGUUGGAUUGGCUGGAUGAUUCAGGAGAUUCGGGGAUGACGGCAAUUUUCGUUUCGUUGUUUAUAGCAAGUUAAUAAAAGGAAAAAAAAACUCAGUAAGCUGGGAGACGAUAGUCAGGCACGCAAAGACGACGACAGUGAGUGAGAUAAGCGAGAGCGUGAAAAAGCGAAACAGAGUAACCCCUUAGUAGCCUUUGCGCACUGUGGUCUCCUGGAAUCGGCUACGCACUGUACACAUACCUAAGCUUACUUCGGGCUUCUUUUGAGCAUUCACAGAAUCUACAAGUAAAAAAGGAACGAAAAGGAUAACGUAAAUAUAAAAAAUACAUCGAUAGGAUCUGUAUUUAUACAUUGGCGUGAGCGUGUUCGUCCGAGCAAUGGGAACGCACGCAACCUACGCCCAGGAGGGUAAUUAGAGGGAUGUCGCAUGCAGUGGCUGCUGGUAGUAAUAACGGGGCAGGCUUGUUUGUUCUGGUGAUAUUAGCCACCGGAAUUUUGUUUUUGAUGUCGAGCAUAAGUUGAAGGACGAUGAAAGUAACACCUCCUCCCUGCUGGAAGAUACUGUAUCAUAGUGGAGCUACAUAAUUAAACGAAAAAUAAAUAUUCUGAAAAUAAGUAACCGA